UGUCACUUCCUCGAGGUUAGUACAGUCGUCGCUUAGCGGUCCUGCUGAGGAGCGGUCUCCAAGUACAGUCGCAGUCAUGUGUGAAGCUUUAUUGAAGCUUUAUUUAAACGGGUUGCUGUUCCCAUACCAGUUGGGAAGUAAAAGAAGAAGGAAAGUACCAGAAACUAAAGCGACACAAGCUGUGCCAACAGGAACCCAAAUGAGCGCUCCAGGACCGGAGCAGGUGGAGAAGCGAUACGAUCCACUAGAUUCUACCCUAAAGUUCGUCAACAGGCCAGAUGAUCUGAAUCCACUGUGUGAUGACUCUCUCAGAGCAGAGAUGUCCUGUGGCCACGCUGUCACUCCUGAAUCUCUGACACGAUGGUGUCGUACCCUGCUGGAUCAGGGGAAUUACAAAUUCAGAUGUCCGGCUUUAGUGGAGGGAACCAAGCAGUGUAAUAAAGAGUGGUCGUACCAGGAGGUGCGCAGACUGGCUGAUCUGACUGUGGAGGAAAUGCAGCACUUUGAAGAGAACAUGGCCCGUCUGGCUCUUGCAGACCACUGUGAGGUUCAGGAAUGCCCACAGUGCAAAACAAGCGUGGAGAGGAUGGAUCUGUUUAACCUGUGUGUAAAGUGUGUUGUAUGCACAGCUGUUCAAAAGAAGAAAUUCUACUUCUGCUGGCAGUGUCUGAAACCAUGGAAGGGUUCAGGCCCUCGAUCUGACUGCUGCGACAACGACGGCUGUGAGAACAAGGACCUGCAACUUCUGCAGACAUGUAAAACCAUCAGUCUGCCUGAGGUGGAGGGUGUCACCAGCUGCCCCGCCAUCAGACUCUGUCCUACAUGUGGCAUGAGGGUGGAGCAUAACAGAAAACACUGCAAAAAUAUCAAAUGUCCUCGCUGCAAAAUGGAGUUCUGUUUUGUCUGCCUGAAACUAAAGCGUGAAUGUUCCAGUUCACCAUACAGAAUGUGCCCCAGUGGGGUCGCGCCAAGGCAGACCUCCAUCCCUGUGUGGAGGAAAACAUGAAAACAAGAAUGAAGUGUAUGUGUAACUCGGGUUCUUUCGUCUUUUGGUUUCUCUGUCUUCCUUGUCGUUUAUGGACUCUACUGGGCUAGCUUUGGAUGAGCUUACUUAAAAAAGAAAGUUCUAGAGGUCAACUUGUCUUUGAAUACAGUUUUUAACCAUCAAUAUUUUUGGUAACCUUUCUUUAGCUGAGGCAAAAGAUGGACGGGUUUGUAUCGCUUUGAUUUUCUUGAUACUGUGGGGUCUGCAGAUAUCUGACAUUUUUAUGGUGAUUAAAGUUGCUGUAAGACCAAGAGUCUGACAGACACCAUCUCAACAUGUGAUUGUCACUGCUGCUUCUUCUGAUGCCUCAUGAUAUCUGAUACUUCUUUUGCUUUAAGGUGUUUACGGUGUCCACAGGAAAUGGAAUCUCAUUACUAUACAAAUCCUGUAAAUCUCACCACUGGCAGCCUCAGAUUCUUUGGCAUAAAAACAUCUAAAGUGCACUUCUACGUUUUUAAUUGCCCUCACAGUCUCAAAAAGAUUUUCACAAGAUGGGCUAAGUGCCUGAGAGAAACAGUAUGAAAAUGAAAAAGUGCAAAGCUGAAUGAGGAAAAGCACCAGACCCUUGUAUAAGCUUUUUAAAUUGCAGUUAUCCUUUGUAAUGUUCAUAUGUGAAACAUACAGUUUCUGACAUUGCAUAAAAUAAAUC